GGUCACGUGUGCAGUAGUAGUUCGGAGCAGCACGGCUUGUAGUGUGGAAUAGCUUGUAGUUUACGCCUCAUUUACUGGAACUGCAGACAGAGAAUAUAACUGGCAUGUACCGCACUGAUAACUUAUUGAACAUUUCUCGUUGGACGCAGAGAGGACGUGUUUGUGAUUGCUUUGCAUUGCCAAAGACAGACAGAGGGUCAUGUCUGCGGGAGUAAAUGGAAUUCAAAUGCCGCCUCCGUAGAUCUCUCACCGAGUCGGAGCCUUGCUGUGCAGCUGAUCCUGCCCCCGCGGGUCCCGCGCCAUGUGGAGCUGCGUGCUGUCCAAUGAGACGGACGACAGGGCGGACCAGCGGCUGUGCCAGGACCUGGGCCUGGCGCUGUCGGUGCUGUCGCUGGCCUACCUGCUGGUCUGCUUCCCCACCGGCCUCUGCUACAACGCCCUGCUGGUGGCGGUCAACCUCUCCAACAAGGUGUCCAUGACCAUGCCCGACGUCUACUUCGUCAACAUGGCGGUGGCCGGCCUCCUGCUGGGCGCCCUGGCGCCCGUGGAGCUCCUGGGCCCCGCCUACACCCGCUGGCCCGCCUGGGACCCCGGCAACGAGGUCUUCGUGGGCCUCCUCAUCCUCUUCGACGUGUGCGCGCUGGUCACCAUGUACUCCACGGCCCUGCUGAGCCUGGACUACUACAUCGAGCGGGCCCUGCCGCACACCUACAUGUCCAGCGUCUACAACACCAAGCACGUGUGCGGCUUCCUCUGGGGCGGGGCGGCGCUCACCAGCUUCUCCUCGCUGCUCUUCCACGUCUGCGGCCACGCCUCCGCCAAGAUGGCCGAGUGCGCCAAGAUGCGCAACAAGGAGGCGGCCGACGGCAUCAUGAUGCUGGUGGGCUACGCCGUGCCGGCGGCGGCCGUGCUCUACGCCCUGGCGCUCGUCCUGCGGAUCCGCCGCGAGGCCGCGUCCCUGGAGCCGGACCCCGGCAGCCCCGACCCCGCGGCGCAGCGCCUCCUGCUGGCGUCCGUGUGCGCGCAGUUCCUGCUCUGGACGCCGUACUACGCCGGGCUGCUGGCGCACGCGGUCUCCGGCGGCGCCGGCGCCCUUCCCGGCAGGCCGAGGGGCAGCACGUACCACUUCCUGCGGCGGCUGGCGCAGCUCCUGGCCUUCUCCAGCAGCUUCGUCACGCCGCUGGUGUACCGGCUGAUGAGCCGCGACUUCUCCCACAAGCUCCGGCGGCUGCUCCGGAGGCUCCCGGGCAGGAAGCGCGGCUGCGGCCACGCCCACGACCCCGGCGGGGCGCAGCAGGUCGUCACGUAGCCCCUAAACCCCCCCCCCCCCCCCCGCCACGUUUCACCUCAAGGCCAGACACAGGACCCAGCAAAACCCAAUCGCGACAGGCGGACCUGGCUCACAACAUUCCGCGCACGUUCCCCCUUAUUCCCUUCCGGGAGACGGCAAGCGGGAGAGACCACUAAGCGCGGCUUACCUGACUGAGCGGGCCCUGAUAGCGGCUACAGAAAAGCUAAAACCCUCGCAGGUCUCCUCUCUCCGCUGUGCCUCUUGUUUUCCGUGAACGGGACAGGGCGAUCUUCCGUCGCGCGAAGAAUUCGGCUUUUCCACAGCUCCCCCUUCCUGUGAGAAUGAGUCGGUGUCUGUACCUCAGUCUGACCCCCCCAGGGCAUUGCUGAGCCUCUCUGGGCCCAAGUCCUCAAACACAUCGAGCGGAACGUAGUGACCUGGAAACCGCUUCUCUUCUUCACAAACACACUCACACAAAACAUACGCUGCUUGGGAGUGUGUGGAAAGGUGUGCU